CGAACCAUCCGGAUCGGAAUAAACAAGGCACGAGGUAGGCGGUGCAGCGCGGCCACCUGCCGCACGCGCUCGCGCGUGACACUGUGGCGGAUAUUUACCGCCCCUCCCCAAGGCCACGUGGAAAAGCGGCGCCACCAAGGAAAUAAAAGAGAAACCUCCGUCGGCCGGCCGAGGCAUUCGAGAUCUUUUCUGUUUUCUCAUCUCUCUCUCUCUCGCUCUGGCUGGUCGUCCGGUGCUGGGAAGGAGACGACGAUGGAGGAGGAGGAGGGGCGGGCCGGCCUGCGGGAGCUCGCGCGCUUCCCGGACGUGAUGGUGGUGUGCUCUUCGGCCGGAUGGACGGACCAGAAGCACAUGCUCUACCUAGGCUUGUUGCAGGAGUCGUUCGUGAACCGGUUACACGACGGUGAAAUCAGCUUCAGGGGCCUCUUCGAUCUCUCCCCAGGACCAGGAGCUUCAGGGCCCAAGCAACCGUCCAAGGUUGACAGAGCAAAGGUUGAGCCGACCAGAACGCCUUGCUGUGGAAAUCAGGGAGAUGGGGAAGUCCAUUCCAUGGAUGAUGAUGAUGAUGAUGAUGCAUCGUCCACUGAGACCGUGCAAGAGUCCUGCUCCCAAGCAAGCGCGACGAGCUCUGGACCAUCUUCCCCGUGCCAUUCUGCCAAGCGCGGGCGCUCCCCUUCUAGCACUGCAGAGGGGUCGGAUCAGAACUUCAUCGACGAGGAUACGAUCACGAGAGAAACUGGCGAAUCAAGAGGACGACGGCGCAGCAUCAAGCGACUCAAAGUCUGCUGACAUGAUCAAGCAGUUCAUCAUCCAGGAAUGCACGAGAGAAGGGUACUGAUGUAAUGUGAUCACGGUCGUCUUUGUGCAAGGUCAUGGAGCAAAAGGAAAAUUCACACACUGUUUGUUUAGGUUGUUCUUUGUGGUCGAUCGAAUCGACUGGUGUUGCCUACUCACCCGGUGAAAUCACCUAGAGUUCUAGAAUAGAGAUCGAGACUCGAGUAACACGUAUGAAGCCCAAGCUUGUUAAGUUUAGUAGAUUUGUGUAGUGCAAGUUUGAACAAAGAUAGUUUUACAGACAAUAGCUUUUUCGACACCGAAUUUUGUUGAGACUUUGAUGGAACACGUAAACAGAGAUAUAGAUAGACAUGAGACGUAAGGUGCGGCUCUUUCUCUA